CCACCACCACUGAAAAGGCCCACCCCUGACUGCAGCUCUUGCAGAGAGAAAAAUUCACCGCAAGUAGAGCACCUUCUAGAUUGCUCCUGUAGUGUGGGCUCAAAAGUCUCUGCUGUCCAAGUUACUGAAUCCAGAAAAAAAAUGAUCUUAUGAACAUGGGAAAAGAAGUCCAGCUAAGGCCCAAGGUGAAUGUCUCUUCUUACAUCCACUUUUUGCUGAACUACAGAAACAAAUUCAAGGAGCAGCAGCCAAACAUCUACGUUGGCUUUAAAGAGUUCUCUAGAAAGUGCUCGGAAAAAUGGAGGUCCAUCUCAAAGCAUGAGAAGGCCAAGUACGAAGCCCUGGCCAAGCUUGACAAAGCCCGAUACCAGGAGGAGAUGAUGAAUUACGCGGGCAAGAGGAAGAAACGAAGAAAGCGGGAUCCCCAGGCACCAAGACGGCCUCCAUCAUCCUUCCUACUCUUCUGCCAAGACCACUACGCCCAGCUGAAGAGGGAGAACCCAAACUGGUCGGUGGUACAGGUGGCAAAGGCCACAGGCAAGAUGUGGUCUCUAACAACAGAUGUGGAAAGGCAGCCGUAUGAACAGAGAGCAGCUCUUCUGAGAGCUAAGUACCAAGAGGAACUUGAAGUCUACCGUAGGCAACGCAAUAAUGCCAGGAAGAAGGGCAAGGUGUUGGGUAGGAACAAGCGUAGAGGGAAAACUUAGUCUGGCAAAGCUGAUGGAUCGACUUUGAGAAAAUAAAAUGCCAUUCAACC